AUGGUACACUACAAGUCUGUACCACUGAAACACAUGGUACACUACAAGUCUGUACCACUGAAACACAUGGUACACUACAAGUCUGUACCACUGAAACACAUGGUACACUACAAGUCUGUACCACUGAAACACAUGGUACACUACAAGUCUGUACCACUGAAACACAUGGUACACUACAAGUCUGUACCACUGAAACACAUGGUACACUACAAGUCUGUACCACUGAAACACAUGGUACACUACAAGUCUGUACCACUGAAACACAUGGUACACUACAAGUCUGUACCACUGAAACACAUGGUACACUACAAGUCUGUACCACUGAAACACAUGGUACACUACAAGUCUGUACCACUGAAACACAUGGUACACUACAAGUCUGUACCACUGAAACACAUGGUACACUACAAGUCUGUACCACUGAAACACAUGGUACACUACAAGUCUGUACCACUGAAACACAUGGUACACUACAAGUCUGUACCACUGAAACACAUGGUACACUACAAGUCUGUACCACUGAAACACAUGGUACACUACAAGUCUGUACCACUGAAACACAUGGUACACUACAAGUCUGUACCACUGAAACACAUGGUACACUACAAGUCUGUACCACUGAAACACAUGGUACACUACAAGUCUGUACCACUGAAACACAUGGUACACUACAAGUCUGUACCACUGAAACACAUGGUACACUACAAGUCUGUACCACUGAAACACAUGGUACACUACAAGUCUGUACCACUGAAACACAUGGUACACUACAAGUCUGUACCACUGAAACACAUGGUACACUACAAGUCUGUACCACUGAAACACAUGGUACACUACAAGUCUGUACCACUGAAACACAUGGUACACUACAAGUCUGUACCACAUCCACUGCAUAAGUCAAGUAAUGUUUUAUUCUUUACUUCAACAAAACAUUGA